AUGCAGACUGCUUCUACAAACAUAUGUGAAAGACUGUGUAAUAAGUCCAUCUGUGAAAUUUCCUUGCUACUAAAUAUUCCACAGUCAACUAUUAGAAGUAUUAUAACAAACUGGAAGCAACUGGGACAACUGCAACUCAGCCACAAAGUGGUAGGCUACGUAAAAUGACAGAGCAGCGCAUGCUGAAGUGCACAGUGUGCAGAAGUUGUUGACUGUUUGCACAGUUAAUAGCUAAAGACCUCCAAACUUUAUAUGGCCUUCAGAUUAGCACAACAAAAGUGCGUAGAGAGCUUCAUGGAAUGGGUUUCCAUGGAUGAGCAGCUGCAUCCAAG